AUGUCCACCGUCUCCGCCAACUCGGCCUCUCCCCCAUCCAAGGCCGCCGGCCAGAACCACACGCGGACCUACCAAGCAUGCAUACCAUGUCGCCGCCGCAAGGUGCGCUGCGAUAUGGGCCCCGUCGACAGUCCCCACGACCCGCCCUGUGUACGGUGCCGCCGUGAGAGCAAAGAGUGCUUCUUCUCCGCGACUCGUCGCAAGCGCAAACCCCAGGACAGCGGCGAGGGCUUCGAGGACGACGGCGAGCUGUCCGACUACGAGAUCCGCAAUGGCCGGAAGCGCCUGAAGUCGCUGCCAUCCGAGGGCCCGAGUCGCCCAGACGCCCUCAACACCAGCCGCUCGACCUCCUACACCUCCAACCAGCCCCAGCCUCCCCUCACGCCCGGCGGCUCUGUCGCGCGCUACGAACCUCUCCGGCGACCGGGCACGAAUACGCAACAAACCCCGCCGAACCCACCGAACGACGAGGAGGAUCAGAAGCUGAACAAUGCGACGGCCGCGAUACUGUCGAGCAAGGAGGUGUACAGCGGACACGAUGCCCUGAAUCUGCUCUUUGAAGCUGCAGGGCGCAAUGGCGAUAUCGAGCAGCAUCACCGGACCGGCAGCUCAGGAAGCCAUGCGCGCCCGAUGCUAGGCAUGGCCAAUACGCCAGGCUCGCAGAACAGCUAUCCGAGUCCACAAGCCAAUACGCUGCCCAGCCUGAGGGGGGGAAUAGGUGGGAACAUGAGGAAUAUGGCAGAAGCGGCUGUAGAUCCGGCCAUUCAGAUGAGCACGGGCGACCAGAUCCCCACGACCGACGCGACAUACGCCGAUGCUGUCAGAGCCUGGGGACGCUUCCGUUUCGUGCGUGCUGGGUGGCUCACAGCUAAGGAGGCGAUUGCCUAUAUCGACUACUUCUACACCUACCUCUCGCCCCUCACGCCUAUUGUGGUGCCCGACUACCGCGAUCAUAGCCUACAUGCCAAGCUGCUCAAAGACGAGCCCCUCCUGACCGUCACUCUACUCACCAUUGCCUCUCGAUUUGCGCCCCUCGUGGGCCCCGGCGCCAGUUCGCGACCCUAUGCGAUUCACGAGAAGCUUUGGGCUUACUUGCAGGGAAUGGUGGAUCGGUUGAUAUGGGGUCAGGAACAAUUCGGAGGUGGAUUUUGCGGAGCCGGACAGCAGGCUGGAGCCGAUGUUAACCCGCUUUCCCGGAAAGGCCUCAGGACUCUUGGGACAGUAGAGAGCUUGAUGUUGCUGACCGAAUGGCAUCCGCGAGCUCUGCAUUAUCCUCCCGGCGAUGACGAUGACGAGCUCCUCGUCCCCGAGCCCAGCGACGGGAGCAAUAUCUCCCUGGAUCUGUUCAAAGGAGGUCCUGGUGGACAACGGAUCGACAGCUGGCUGGAACCAUGCUGGCGAAGUGACAGGAUGUGCUGGAUGUUGCUAGGGAAUGCCGUGGCUCUGGCCGUUGAAAUUGGAGUGUUUGACGAGAAGAGCGAGGCCGAGUUUCGAGAGGAUAACGAGAGCCUCCCGCACCAGAUAGUGAAGGCAUACUAUCGCCGUCGAAACCACCUCAAGGACCUCCUCAAUAUCUACCUCAGCCAGACUAGCGGCCGUCUCGGUCUUACUUCCAUGGUCGGUCUCACCUCAAUGCUUCCAAAGGUACAGCGUGACCUCCAGCCCUCCGACAAGCGCGCAAGCGAUAAGUUCACGGAGCGUAUGGCCGAUAUCAAGCGUCAGACGCAGUGGAUGGCCAUUGGUAAUCCUGGCCAGCGCGGACCUUUCGAGACGGUCCAGACGCAGGCCCGCCAUGCCAUUCAAGACUUGGUGCUGAAUUUCUGGGACGAGAUUGCCAAAAUCAUGGAGUUGGGAAACCUAGAGUUGUUUGCAAGUCGGAAGUCUACGCGGACGGUUAUAGCCUCUGGCGAGUAUCAGCAGAAGUUGCAGUCAUUCCAAGACCCGUUGAAGACCUGGAAGGCGGAUUUCGAUAGGUCCAAAGAUUUACCAACUCAACUUCGACACAUCUUGAUGAUCGAAUACGACUACACCCGCGUCUACAUCAACUCGCUCGCACUCCAAGCCGUCUUAGAGCGCGUAAAGCAAGACACAGCGCCACCCGAUCAGCUCCACCCCGGGUCUUUCGCCUCUAAGCAGCCCAACUCUUCCUCAUCAUCGAACGCUGGCCUCGGCGCCAAUCCGCACUCUAUGGGAACGAAAUGGUACGGCAACGACCGCUACUAUGUUAGCGAAGUCAGUGAUGGCUGUCGCUCCCUGCUUCGAACCGUCGUAGAAGGUCUCUACCCAGGAGACUAUCUCAAGCACGCCCCAGUCCGAACUUUUUUCCGCAUCAUCAGCGUUGCCAUCAUCCUGCUCAAGACAUUUGCCCUUGGUGCCCCAGAAGACGACGUAGCCCUCUCCCUCGGCCUUCUCAGCCGCGCUAUCGAGGCCCUACGGAGCAGUAUCGUUGACGACGUCCACGUCGGCAACCGCUUCGCUGAUCUCCUCGACACCCUCACCCGCCGCACCCGCGCCCGCUUCGUGCGAAUGACCACCACGGGUGGCUCCACGGGGAUCUCCCGCGCUGGAUCACACGAACCACCAGGCACGACGGGGAUACAGACUCCAAUGAUGCCGCCGCCGACAGGUCCGCUGGGUGCCGGAGGUGCACAAUGGGGUGCUGGUGCAUCCGGGUCUGGCUUCGGCCUCUCCAACCCUACCUCCCCUAGCCUCUCGAACCGCAACACCAACACGCCUAUACUGCAUGGCCAGAACCAGAACCAAAACCACGCCCAGAACCCCCUCUGGGGCAUCUCAACCGAGCCCUACGACCCGUCCAACAACAACAUCAGCAUCAUGCCGCCGCCGUACACGUUCCCUUACAACGCCCAGGGCGGCCACAGCAACCACACCGCCGCGAACUCGAACGAGCACCUCAACUUCGGGAACGGCACGGGCCACGGUUUGGGCGGUGGCGGUGAUGUCAACGGGGGUGGCCAGCAGGACGGGUAUUUCCCGGAUUGGCUGGCGCUGCCGCUCGACCCGCUGCUGAAUACGGCGUGGGGACAAGACGUUAAUCAGACGACGUUUGGGCCGGAUGUGGGGGGUACGGAUUUGCUGGAUUUGCUGCUGAGUAUGGGGGGUGGUGGAGGAUGA